AUGAAUGUGAGAACGAAUCUGGGAAGUGUGUUUGAAUUAGAUGUGGAUGAAAGUAGUGCGUGUUUUUGGAGGUUGUUUGUGGCAUUUCAUAAAUGUUUGUAUGGCUUUCAAUUUUGUCGUCCGUUGUUGUUUGUUUAUGGUACAUUCUUGAAGGGGCGUUACAAGGGGCGUUUGCUUGCAACAAUAUCAAAGGAUGGUAAUCAAGGUCUGUUUCCUUUGGCUUUUUCGAUUGUUGACGCUGAAAAUCAAGAUAAUUGGAUGUGGUUCUUAAUUAAAUGUGCUUAUGCGCCAACGGUUGCUUCUUUCCAACAUUAUAUGGAGAAAUUGAGGCGUAUUGCUGGGAAUGGUAGAGUUGAUAGUAUGUUGGAUGGUUUUCAAAAUGAGAAGUGGGCGAAUGCAUUUUUUAGAGGGAAACGAUAUGGUGAGAUGUCAUCUAAUCCUGCCGAGUCUUAUAAUAAUUGGAUUGGUGGGGCCCGUGAGUUGUCUAUUACUUGUAUGGUUGAUAUGAUUAGGGUUCAAAUCAUGACUCAAUUGUCUAAUAGAAGAGCUGAAUCUAAAAGAUGGACUACGAAAUUGUGUCCAGUUAUGGAAAAGAAGUUGGUGGACUCUUUGAAGCUAGCUAAGUCUUGGGAUGUGAUUGUUGCUAGUGAUACUGUGCUUGACGUUCAUUCUUCUAAUUCUUUUUAUGUUGAUAUUAGUAGACAGACUUAUUCUUGCCAUGAAUGGAAAUUGAAUGGUUUUCCUUGUUGUCAUGUUGUGUAUGCUUUGCGUAGUAGGGGUAGAGAUGUGUAUGAUUUUAUUGAUCUCUUUUUUCAUAUAGAUUGUUUUAGAGAGUCAUACAAGGAAUCUGUUUAUCCAGUGCCUUCAAGUGAGAGAUUUGACUUUGAUGGUGCCAGUAGUUCGAUUAUCAAACCUCCUAUAACGAAGAAGCAGCCCGGGCGGAACAAGAAGAAGAGGAUACCUUCUAGGGGUGAGAAUGUAAAGCAAAUCAAGUGUGGGAGGUGCUUGAAAUAUGGGAAUCACAAUAAGAAGAUGUGCAAGGCUACUAUUUGA